CUUGGCAGCCAAACCAACCCAUCUUCCCUUCCUUGGCCUUUCCGUUUACGCCUGAGAGCGCACACUCUUUGGAUCCGGUUCCCCUCCUUGACUGCCCAACCCCGUGUAAUCGCAAUCGUAAUCGUAAUCAUAAUCGUAAUCGCGUUGGUUCCUGUUCCGUCCCCGACUCGGACUCCACCGCACCAUAUGUGUACACCUCCGACUUCAUUUCCUCCUCCUGCAGAGAGCCUCUCCUCUGCUCUGCUUUCGGUGCUUCCCGUUCCCGCUAUAUAUAGAUCCGGACCAAACCCCUCUCUCUUCAGUCUUCCCCUCCUCACCAGUAAAGCCAAGCAAAUCCAUUUCCAUCCAUCCGGCUUUCUUGGACGCCCCAAGCCAAGCCAAAUCCAAUUCAGCCAAGAAAGAGUUACCACAGAGCAGCGAGAAGAUGUGCCCUGGCGCGCCGGCCAUGUCGGCGUCGGAGAAGAGCGUGUGCGUGAUGGACGCGUCCGGCCCGCUGGGCCACGCGCUCGUCCACCGCCUCCUCCGCCAUGGGUACACCGUCCACGCCGCCACCUACGGCGACGACGACGACCAAGACCAGCUCAGGCUCUACGCCGGCGGCGAGGAGCAGGACGAGGGCCGGCUCAAGCUCUUCCGCGCCGACCCCUUCGACUACCACUCCAUCGCCGACGCCGUCCGCGGCUGCUCCGGCCUCUUCUGCAUGUUCAACACCACCCCUGCCGCCACCUGCGACGAGGUUAUGGUUGAGGUGGAGGUCCGGGCGGCGCAGAACGUGCUGGAGGCGUGCGCGCAGACGGACACCAUGGAGAGGGUCGUCUUCACCUCCUCCGUCACCGCCGUCGUCUGGAAGGACGGCCACAAGCUCGUCGACGCCUUCGACGAGAGGAACUGGAGCGACCUCGCCUUCUGCAGGAAAUUCAAGUUGUGGCACGCUCUGGCCAAGACACUAUCGGAGAAAACGGCCUGGGCCUUGGCCAUGGACAGAGGGGUGGAUAUGGUGGCCAUCAACGCCGGCCUGCUCACCGGGCCAGGGCUCACCAAUGCGCACCCAUACCUCAAGGGAGCCCCUGACAUGUACGAGGACGGCGUCCUAGUCACCGUCGAUGCCGACUUCCUCGCCGAUGCCCAUAUGGCCGUCUACGAGUCCCCCACGGCGUAUGGCCGCUACCUCUGCUUCAAUAACGCCGUGUGUCGGCCCGAGGACGCCGCCGAGUUCGCCCAGAUGAUCUCCCCAUCCGCUCCACACUCCGCACCGAGCGAUGAGCUGAAGGUGAUACCACAGAGGAUUCAGAACAAGAAGCUGAACAAGCUGAUGGUGGAGUUUGCCAGUGCCAUAUACGGAGACUUGGAUUAGGGACUCAAAAUCAUUCAUUCAUUCAUCUACUAGGCUUGUAUUCUUUCUGUACCUAAUACUAUCUGUAUUCUUUUUCCCUGUGAAAAAAGGGAAAUCCGGUUGGUCAGAUGUACAUAUCUUGUACAUGGCCAAGCAUGCCACAUGUAUUCCACUCUUACCAGGGGUUAAGAGUAUUUCAGUCAUUGCCUGCCGGGAUAAUCCUUAGGUCCAACAAAAGGGAAAACAGAUUUGCAGUCCUGUUACUGUGUGUGUACAGCAAAUAUAUGAAUAUGAUGGAGAACUGUUGCAAGUUUCA